AUGUCCUCUUCCACGCUAACCAGGAUCAAUCCAAGACUUCAGCGUCUGGCGGAUAUUCUGGCGCAAGCACAGUCAUAUGAAGCGUCCGAGCAGAGUUCAUCCUUGCCGGAAUCAUAUCCUACUAUCCCAUCUUCAGCUCUUCCCGGAGAUGUGGCAGCCCCGCAGCGCCAAUCGCAGGAAGAUGUGCUCAUCUUAGAGAAUGGAGUACCUCGCUUUAUCUCGGGCAAACACUGGGCCUGGAUGGCUGAGGAGAUUCAAGAUAUCCAAUCUAUGCUCACGGAGUUGCAAGAGUCCUCGCCCAAAGAGGUCCCAGACGACCAUCUAAUCUGGGAAACUGAUACCUCACGAUCUAAUGUGUACAGCUUUUAUCCCGAUACCCGGGAAGAUUGCUAUUUACUGCUGAAUGUUUUCCUGGCCAAUGUCGAUCCCAUAGUGCGAAUAGUGCAUCGUCCCAGUUUAGCUCGUCGCUUUGAUGGAUUCAUUCGCACCCAUUAUUCCCUAGACAAGGCUCAAGUUGACGGCAGUUGCAGUCACUAUACGGCAUUCGACCCCCAUCAAUCUAAUGCGUUUGAGCCGCUGGCCAUGUCCAUUUUCUAUGCAGCCAUUAAUAGCAUGAAGGAAACAGAUGUUUCUGCGGUUUUCAACACAGACAGAUCCCGUCUCCUGCAGAGGUACCGAGCCGGGACAGAAGUAUACCUGAAACAACAUCACUUCAUGACCUCAAGGAUCUUUGAGGUUCUACAAGCAUUUAUCAUUUUUCUGACAGCUCAAUAUCGGGAAGACGAUAUAGGCAAAGUGUGGCCCUUGACGGGUCUUGCCAUUCGCAUGGCCACUAUUCAGGGCCUCCACCGUGAUCCAUUAGCACUGCCAAUGGGCACGAUCGACAUAGUGCAAGUCGAGCUGCGCCGCCGAUUAUGGGCACAGAUCUGUCACCUAGAUUUUCGAGCUGCGGAGGGACAUGGGUUUGCUCCUUCAAUCCAUGAGUCUGAUUUUGAUACGCGUCUCCCUCUUAAUGUGGAUGAUGUUGAUCUAAUAGAAGGAGUGGCGCCCUCUGUCAGACUCUUAGAUGCCCCCAAAUUCACAGACAUGACCAUCUAUCUGCUUCGGGUCACAGCCGCCCAAUGUUACGGCCGGAUUAUCCAGAUCACACAUGCAUCGCGAAAGAGAAUGCGUGCCAGUUCCCAGGGAGAUUUGGGAGAAGAUCAAGACUUGUCUGAACUUCAAACCCUGUUAAAAACCGCCGAGGCCAUGGCAGCUGAGCUGGGGAAGGCGCUGGAUAAUCUUGUCCAAUACUGCGACAAGAGGGUCAGCUUGCAAUCAAUGGCCUUACAGCUCAGUGCUCAUCUAAAGUCCAAAUUCUGGGUCAUAUUCUGGAUCCAGAUUUCUCGCCAGGACCGUGAGAAGAUCAUCAGCCCGGCCAUGCGAAGGAGGAUAUUCGUGGAUGCCGCCACAACCGUAGAGAACUGGUGUACAAUCGCCUCAAGCAAAGAUUGUGAACCCUUCCAAUGGCAUAUUUCCUCACAUGCCGGCUUCUACCCUAUCCUUUACGUCCUUUCUGAGGUACGCAGCCCUGUGUUUCAAACCCCGGAGUGGGCCGAUCUUCGACAGAGGGGUCUGCAGGUCGCAAACGCAAUCCAUGAAAUCCGCGGCCAGCACACCACCGGGGCAUGGCCAGUCAUUAUCUGGUUGAUUGAGCGAAUUCGAUCCCAGAAUCCGGGUCUUGCGGAGGAUAAUCGAACAGUCGAUCCCACCUCGGGGCCACAUGACAAUCCGAUGUUGUCGGGAUCAGGGUUAGAUAGCAUGGGUUCGAUGGGAAUUGAAUUAGAUGCCGCGGAUUUUCUGGAAUUCACGAACCUGGGGAACUUUGACUUUCCUGACCUCGCGGGGUUUGACCCGACAUCGUUUUCUUGUCCUUCGCAAUGGAGCUGA